AUGGCCGUCGACUAUGGAGUUGGCGCCUCGGACGAGAUCGCGAGGCUGUCCCUGGGAAACCAAGAUGGGGUACAAGGCUCUCAGGCCCCCAGGCUGGACAGUCAAGGUAUCAUUCCAGUAGACGUCACGGACAGGUUCUUCAAGGCUUCAAAGCUAUUGCAACCUGGUGAAGUCAUCAAGGAUGGCUUCUUUACUCUCUUCGAGUCAGUCGGGGCCCUAGAGGUCAUGGAUCCCAAGAUGGAUAGUGGGUGUGUUGCUGCUGGCGAGGAGUUCGACGAGACGUAUGAUGUCUCACGGCCGUUGCUUCCCGAGGAGGUCCUUGGUAUCAUCGACCAGCUUCUCUGUCAUGAGAUGUCAUGGCACCUAGGGUAUCCCUUGUCGCAAACAGUCUUCACAAGCGUCUACGUCGAAGCUCUCCUGAAGCCUGAUCCUCACGGAAUCGACGAGGCCAAGUUUUUGAGACGCCAGGGUGACGUCGCCGACGAGGAGCCCAUGCUGCGGGUCCUCCGGGCGUACUGCCUAGGCAUGCUCAAGGCCUGUGGCUACGUGAAUGACCGCGUCAGGAACGAACACUCGUACGAGGAAGAGGAUUUCGUCACAAACACCUACAACCGCUCGCUGCUUAGCAGCGUGUCCACAGCCAGCAUACGCCACGCCAUCGCCGACGCCGUUGACCUCCUGCAGAGGGAGCGCACACCCAUCGGCAACGACGACAUAGUCGAGGCCCUGUCCAACCGCCUGAUCCUCAGGGACAUAUUCCUCUCAGCCGCUGAGUGCCCACAGUACGUCGACGAUCCAGACACGGCCCGCAAGCCAUGGACAGCUGGCAUCGCCCUCCUCCCGGCCAUUCAGAGGACGCAUGCGCUCGGAAAGCCCGUCGACGAGUCCUUUAGCGUCAAGCUACAGAGGAAGCUGGCAAGCACGGUACCUCCCAGGCCGAUUGUCCAGCUGAGCUUUGAUGACGCCUUUGGCCACCUGUCUCGGCUAUUUCAGGACGGCCAGGAUGUCAUCACGGUUCUCAACUACACCAACACGCAGUGCCUCUUGACAUUCGUGUUCUCAUUCCAGGCCAAGAAGCCUCAACCGCUCGUGUACGUGCGCAGCCUCCUCCAGACCUUCCUUUUCGACGCCAUGGAAAUGCUCGGAUCUAUGAGCAUCCGACAGAUCAUCGAUGAUGAUCUGUCUACCAUCGUGCUGCCCGCAAGCCCCCUUCUGGACCGGGACUUUGACGAAAUCGAGGCCGUACAUGACCCCCGGUUCGUCAUCGCCCAGAAGAUGGAGCUGUUCCGCCAGCGGGCCGCGCAGCCGUACCUGGACAUCCUACGGACCUUUUGCCAGAACCGAUGUCGCGUGCGGCGGACGCUGUGCCACACGGUCCGUUCGUGGGAUGCUCUGCAGGCCGACGCCGAGGAGAUUGACCAGCUCCUCCGGGUCAAGACACAGGAGCUUGUGGCCACGGAGACGGCCAACAGCGAUGGCGGAGGCAGCAGCACGGCGCCGGCCGUUGACGUCAAUUCCUGGCCCCUCUCGGCCUGGACGUACCUGUACAAGCUGCGCCAGAUGGAGUGGGUCGUGCAGCUGGGCUUCGAACUGGAGGUGUACCAGCCCGACGAAUUCGGGGGGAUGUACUGGUAUCUCAACUUUCUGUCCAAGCAGAGACUUGAGUACUCGCCCCGGAUCAAGUCGCACAUUGUCCGGCGGGUCGAGGCUCUCCGACAGUCCCGACCGCCACACCACUCAGCCGCCGAGGAGAAGCAGCUGCAGCGCUCCCUGGCGUACAUCCGGCUGUCUCUGCUCGACGCCGCCGUGACUUGGGAGCUCUCGGAUGGCCUGUCGUGCCUGUACACCGUGCUGGGCCGCCUGGGACUCAUAAAGCCCCCUCCCCGACCCUACAGCGACGAUGGGCUCCGCUACGAGCUCCGCAUGAAGCCCUUUACCGCCAUUGGCGUGCCGGAGCUGCCCUCCUUUGCCGAUUUCACCCGCAGCACGCAUCAGCCCGACGUGGAUACGCUGUCGCUGCUCGACGACGCCGCCAGGGCGCUCGCCAGCUCAAAGAAGGGCUUCGAGUCGUUAGGGAAGCUGUCCGCUGAGGAGUCCUUUUCUGUGGGAUCGCAUGACCGAUGGCUGGCUGCCGUGAGGAACGGGCUCAAGUCGUGCAUUGCCGCUACGCUGGCUGUCACGACGUUGCAAAAGGCACUGCAGGCCAGUGGGGAUGGAGAGGGAGCAGCGGUAGAUCUCAAGCUCAAGGCCGAGGUGCCGACUCCCGACAGGGCAUAUCACGAUUGGUGGAUUGUUCCAAAACUAGUACCCAUCGCGUAG